AUUUUCUGAAGAGGCGUAUAGCUCAUGAAUAACAAAACAGCGCUCGCAGUAGGCUACGACCGACAGGAUCCGUGGUGUUGUUUUGACAACGUUAUAAUUUGUGAAGCAGGUUUCAAAGCAACAGACUGAAACACUGCUUUGCCUUCAUUUUUAUACGGAUAUUUCAAACAGUGCCUCUGCAGCCUACGUCGGGUCUACAUAAAUCGUUUCCUAUUGUUUUGAAGAAGAUUAUGGACAUUCCCCCACCUAAUAUUCUCGAAGGCGACGAUGGUAAGACUAGCUUAUUCGUGUCGUUUUGGAUGAAUUGAGAGAUCCUUUCCAAUGUACACAUUUUUUAUGUGAACUGCAUAGAUCUGACGCGGACAUGUUGACUGGUGUAUAGAGACGUAUUAGUGCUUUUAAUGAGCGUUUGUGUACCACUCAAACAACUGGACACAUUGGUUGUUGUUUUGUUUUUUAAUCAGCUGUGUUUGAUCAUUAUAUAUGACUAGUUAAAUAGUGGUUCAAAUGUGUCAAGUAUAGAGCAGUACUGGGGAAGUCAACCCUUCGUACAUUGAGUGCUGUGCCAGUUUCCCCUGAGGCACUGAACUGAGGGGGGGGAAAGAACAUAAAGUUCUCACACCUCCCUGCUUGUUCUUGGGCUCUGCAGUCAAACCAUUUUUCACAUACAAUAUGAGUACAUCAUUUUCUUACAUUUGAAGGUGCAAUUCAUAUUUUUUUCAUGUUAGUUUUUGUGUUUAGGGGCUGUGUUGACAAGUCCAGAUUUCCCUUCCCGUUUAUUGGUUCAUGCCCCCCCCCCCCUUUCAUUUCCCUCAUUCUGUAAUUUCACCACCUAUUUUUUUCUACUUCUUUCCAUCUUGUCUGGGUUCACAUGGUCAUGCCCCCUUCACUCAUUAUGCUCUUCACUGUUAUCUCCACAGAAAUAGAGAAGAAGAAGUUGUGCUCCGCCGAUAACAGCGAGGCCGGUGUUGGAGGGGGCAGUGGUGGGACCGGAGGUACAGGCGUUGGAGGGGUGUCCGCCUCCCUCACCCCUGCCAUCUGGGAGAAGACCAUCCCCUAUGAUGGGGAGACCUUCCACUUGGAGUACAUGGACCUGGAUGAGUUCCUGCAGGAGAAUGGCAUCCCAGUCACCUUAGAGGAGGAGCUGCAGAAGAGCCUGGCCCAGGAGGAAACCAAGGGGACAAGACCCCCUACCGCCACAGUCACCUCUGACACAGAGACCGUCACACUCACCCUAGAGCCAGCUGAACAAGAGAAGGAAGAAGAAGAUGGGGAGGAGGAAGAUGCUGUGUCUGGGUUUGAAGCAGCAGAGGGUGAAGUGUCUAAAAAUAAAAAAGGUUCAUUCUUGGGGCCCAUUGUUAAAGGCCCAGACAAAUUCUACCUUUGAACUCAGCAUACACAUAUACUGACACUGAAAUAGACGCUUGCAACAUGCUGACACUAGAUACUUACAUAUUGUAUUCAAAUGUCAAAUAGACGUACCCAUAAACCACUGACUCUUGGACACAUGGUGUUGCGCACUUGACUUUUCCAUACUGGUUCAUGGCCAUACAUACACACUUUGCCUCCAGCACACACAUGGACACACUUACAUGUGAAACCUGAGCUACAGCAUUGACAAAUAGCAGUAUUCAUAUAGGGCUGACCUUAGAGUGUCUUAAGGAAAUAAUCUAGCAAACAGCAGUGAAUUUUCCAUUAACUAUAGCCUUCAAGAUUAUAAAAAACAUACUUAACAGCCACCAAAAUAAAAUAAAAAAGUAAGGUUUCUCCAUGGAAAUAUACUGCUCAUUGAUUUAAAUUUGUCUCCCUCUAGAAGGUAAGUCUGCAGACCGACUCACGCCCACUCCCAUCGACCCAGAGGACAUUGAGGUGGACAUCAACUUCCAGCCGGACCCCACAGACCUGGUUCUGUCCAGCGUGCCCGGGGGUGAGCUGUUCAACCCACGCAAACACAAGUUCUCUGACGAGGACCUCAAACCACAGCCCAUGAUCAAGAAGGCCAAGAAGGUCUUUGUGCCCACUGAGCAGAAGGUAAGAUGAUCUGUGAAUAUUCGUUUCAGGGAGGUGAUGAACGAUGGAACUGGUUGUUCUGUAGUAGGAUAAUGAGAAUGUAGGCACUGCAAUUGGGCACCAAAUAAUCAUUGGUUGAUGAAGAUUGUAGUAUCACUAUGUUACACCAGCAAAAUGAAUGAGCGAGUAGUAAGUCAUGAAAUAAGGGGGCUUGUCUGGGAUUAGGGAUGUUUCCACAACACUGAUUCUAUUAUUCUCUAUUAAAAUCCUCUGUUGAUGUCUGGUUCUGUUGUUCAACUCUGUCUCUCACAGGACGAUAAAUACUGGUCGAGGAGGAAGAAGAACAACGUGGCAGCUAAACGUUCACGUGACGCCCGGCGGCUGAAGGAGAAUCAGAUCACAGUGCGCGCUUCGUUUCUGGAGAGGGAAAAUGCGGUGUUGCGGCAACAAGUGGCUGAGUUGCGAAAGGACUGUGGUCGCUGCAAGAACAUCAUGUCCCGAUAUGAAGCCAAAUACGGACCAUUGUAA